AUGCCCAUGGCACAAGACUAUGAGAAGAAAAAAGAGAAGAAAAGUAUAAAAGAAAGUGCAUCUGCUGAGGAAGAAAAGAAAAAAGAAAGGCUCACACCAUACAGCGUAAAGGACUUUGUUCUAUCCAAAUACGGAAUUCCCCUUCUGAAGACACUUGAAGAACCCUUCAAGCAGAGGCACCGUGUGCUGACAGAGCGCAAAGACAAGCGCUCUCUUUAUAAAUACAUGCGUGCACUUGUAAAUAUGUACACAUCCUGGGCCAAGUCUUCCCCGCUAUGCGGCAACAAAAGGACAAGAAUGUACACGCUCUUAAAAGAAAUUGAAGUGGUUGCAAAAACACAAAAAGAGCCUCUUCCCAGCACUACGAGUGCAAGUCCGCUGCCAAUACCUAAAGAAAGAAGCCCACCCACAGACAAAAUAACCCCAAGCUAUGGACAAGACUCUGAGAGCAUGGAUACUUUCUUUGACAAUACUACGUAUAAUAUGCAGUCAUUUUCACUGCUUGACACCACACAAACAGAGACAGACACGCGCCUUGAUACAACACAGACCAGCAGCAUAUCUGAUCUGCUAGAUAUAUCUAAUGACUCAUCAGACAGCAUUAUGAUAGGCAGAAGAAGGUCUAGAGGGGCUUAG